GCCGAAAGAGAGAAAAAAAAAAGGAAGAAGAAGGGAACGAUGUUCCCCUAUUUGAGUCAGAAGAGGAGACUGACUUCGGCACCUCUUGGACUUUGUCGAAGGCUAGGAAACCCUAGUUGCAUGUCUAUUUAAGGGACCUCAUCCCUCCUUCAAGACUCCCCAUGGAUUAUCAAGUCUGCUGCUAAUUUUGAGAGGAUUUUUGAGUAUAUUACCAUGGGGGAUUGCUCGGAAAUGUCACCGUUGAUCCGGCCGAGAGAGCUCGCCGGAGGUAAGUCCGUGCCCACUCAUAGCAACUUCCCCGUCGAGGAAAAUUUGGAUCAUACAAUGAAUGGUAAAAUUUAUAAAAAUAUUAUAACAUUUUAUAAAGCGUUAUAGCAAAACCUAUUUCUGUAAAAUGCUUGCAUGAUUUCUUAAACCAAAAUUACAACUUUUGAUUUGUUUUUAAUCAGGAAUUUUGUUGUCCUCCUUUAAAAAAAAAGUUGAUAUCUUUCGUUUACUCGUGGUAGUGUCAUCCGAUUUAUAAAGGAAAAAUUGUUCCUUGUAAUUCUUUGGAAAUUAAAAAUUCUUGAGCUAUGCUCUUAUUCCAGUUUGUUAGUUUUUUACUCUCUGUUAUUGGUAUGGUCUCAAGUACACUUUCAUAGUUUUUACUUUUCUUCCUAGAUAUUUCUUAUUCUCAAAUUAGUUCUCCUAUUUCUUUUGCAUAUUAGUUCUCUUCAACUAAAAUUUGCAAGUAAAGGACGGUUAUCAAAAAUUUAAAAAAAAAUGUUUUUAUUUUAUUCUAUCUCACUUUUUUAUCAAAAAAUGGCUGCGUGCUGUGUAAGGCGCCAUUGUACCAAAAGUACAUAAAAAAAAAAUAAAAGUUCUUAUGGUACUUUAUUCGUUCGGUACAAUCCUAAUUAAUAUCUAAUAAACUUCCUCUUCUAUUAUACUUAUGUACGUGUAGCAAUUUGCACUACAAUGAGUCUUAAUUUCUGGUUUAAUUUGUUUUAGUGUUAAUUUGUUUUAUUCUUAAAAAAAGAGCCCAGAUGGAGAUAUCAUAGACUGUGUCCAUAUCUCUCAUUAGCCUGCCUUUGAUCAUCCUUUUCUCAAAAACCACACUAUCCAGGUAUGCUCUUUUUCCCCCUCACUCUCUCUUCUUUGCAAAUUCUACCCCUUUCACUUAAUGUUUACACCUGAUGAUCUCUUUACUUUGCCUCCACUUUAUGCAAAAUUUUCAGAUGAGACCAAGUUUCAACCCAUUUAGCCUAUAUGACGCGAACAAGGUAGUAUUAGAAAAGAAAACUAGCUCCAUAUCUCAGCUUUGGCAUCAAAAUGGGAGGUGCCCCAAGGACACCAUCCCUAUUAGAAGGACGAGAAAGGAUGAUUUGCUGAGGGCCAGCUCCAUCGAAAGAUAUGGGAAGAAAAGCCACGGUGCAAUACCUAAUGAUGUUUCUGUAUCGCAUGAUGGCUAUAUACAUGAGCAUUCGUUUGCUGUUGCGAAUGGACAGCACUAUGGGACGUCGGUAUUCAUGAGUGUGUGGAACCCAUAUGUCCAUGAUCCCCUCGAGUUCAGCAAUACUCAGCUCUGGUUGUUUGGGGGACCUCGGGAAUUUCUCAAUACCGUCGAAGCUGGAUGGCAUGUAUAUCCAAAUCUGUAUGGAGAUAAUAGAACGAGACUAUUUACUUACUGGACUAAUGAUCGGUAUCGUCAAACAGGCUGCUACAACCUGCUCUGCUCUGCGUUUGUUCAAGUCAGCAACAAGGUAGCGUUGGGCUCCUCCCUCAAGCCCGUUUCUAACUAUGAUGGUCAGCAAUAUGGUAUUCUUGUUGUUGUCUAUAAGGAUCAAAAAACAGGGAAUUGGUGGUUACAAUUUGGGAACAAGUUGGACAUCGGCUACUGGCCUGCUUCCUUAGUCAAGCAUUUGAGCAGAGAUUAUAAACUUAAAUAUAAGUAGUGAGCACACCUCUACAGUGAUGGGCAGUGGCCAUUUUGGAAAAGAAGGUUUGCGCAAGGCGAGUUUGUGCGGGAACAUUCACAUACUUGACGAGUCCUUAAAUAUAAAACAACCUCCAGAGAUUACCUUAAUCGCUGAAUCACCCAACUGCUAUGAUGUGGUCCGAGCCCCCAAUUCCGAAGAUUUGGGAACUCACUUCUUCUAUGGGGGUCCUGGGAAAAGUCCCAAUUGUCCGUAGAAACCCCGAACUGGACGUGCGGUGUGAGACAGACGCCACCAUUGGAAGAAUU